AUGUCCGAGGUCGGAUCGUUCGUACCACCCUCCCAGAGGAAGUAUGGUAGUGACGCCUUGAAGGCCGGAUGGCGCAUCUCAGGUGUCAAAAAUGGGUCGUCUGCCAUGGCAAAGAGUGUUCGAGACUUUUUAUGCCGAACCGAUCAGACGUCAUCAGUUAUCCAGGCGGAAAAGUCUGGUCCUUGCGAUGCCAGUCCUCAACUGCAAGAGGCCGCCUCCGAGAAGCACGCAUUGCAUGCUACCGUCAGACCAACAAUGUCUACGAGCACUCGCCAAACCGGAGAAGCUGAUGUCACUUUUGAUGCUCAUCGACCAAAGAAUAUAGAUGAGGUGAAUGCUAGUCAACUCUCUAACCUCCUUCGCUCAUUCACCUUCAAUGACGAAGAACCCCAAGGAGAUGGGAAGGCAUCUAUUUUGGAAGACUUCCUGGCCCUCUUGGCCGAAAAUCCGGAACUACCAAAGGAGUUGGAGCAGGGCAACCGCUCGUGUGCAAGAAAGAUGAUUGCUAACGUCUGUCCCGUCGAAGCUCGCCCGGAUGAAUUAACCAAGGGAGUCUUCUCGGAGCUAGAGUCAGAACCUCCGUCAAAGAAGCAUGCCGUAAAGGCAACGUUUCCUGCAGAGUCUCCUCAAACUGAUUCGUACUUAAGUCCGAGAGCGAUUGAAUUCGUCCCCGGCCAACGUCACAUCGGGGACGGUUCCAAAAAGACAUUAGACUUGGGCCAUCAAGCCGUCGCAGCUGCAACAGAUGAACAAGGACAACACCAGCUCCCCUUUACUGGGUAUUUCCACGAGCCUACCCAAGACGGCUUGCCAAGCUCCUGGUCACCGCCCGACCGCCAGUUACCAGCAGUUCCUACCGUCGAUAGGGUUGUUCGUUCUCCAGUGCAACCCGUAAGAUCUGAUGGCAAGUCAAAUGACUCUAUCACCACUACACUGACAGCUGCCCCUAUGCGACCCCGGCCUGUCCAAGGACUGGCGGCUUCUCGAUGGGCAAACCAUUCCUGA